GUGGGUAAAGCAGAAUAGCAAAAAACUGUAGUGGCAAAAUGAUUAAAAAUAUAAGAUUUUCCAUUUACCUUUGAUAACGCAAAUAUGAAUACCUUGUUCUGGAAACACUAAAGUAAUUUUCUUAUUAUUCCUAAAAUAGAUGCAAAAGUUGAAGUUUCAAAAACAGUCAAUAAAUUGUUAAAGUGGCUAAAGUGAUUAGCUUAAAUAAGUGAUUUAAAGCAUUGACACAACAAGAGCAAUAAUAAAAAUAAGCAGGCACGGUAAAUUUAAUGUUGAUUUAUCAAAUGCAAACUGAAAUGCAUUUGAUCUGCAGCCCAACUUUUAUUUUGGAAUGCUUAGCCGGAAGUCACGAUGUUGCGGCUCGGUAUUUGUUGACAAUGUUUUCCUGAAGCUGCAGCAGCAGGCGCAGCUGAGUGCUGAGCUUCAUCCCGAAGAGGAAGAGGCAGUAUGUUAACUCCCUCCACUUUUCUGGGGGAACUGCCCUGAGCCUCCGCCUCCGCCUCCGCCAUCAUGCCGUAGAGAGUCUACCGGCGGUUCGGAUGCAGCUGUGGGCGGACCGCAGGAAGGAGGACGCGGGGCGGUGGUGGUGAGACUGAGCGCGGGUGGAAGGAUGCACUGGGCGGCUGGCUUCGCCUCCUCCCGGCCGUGUGUGGUGGAGCUGGGGCGGAAUCACAGCCUGCCGCUCGGGCUGUGCGGCUCCGAGCAGCAGCAAUCUUUGUAUGGAUACAUCAUCGCCUUUCCUCUGCAGGACUACGGAGGCAUCAUGUCGCUUCUGGGCUCGGACUCCUGGUGGAAGAAGACCCUGUACAUCACAGGGGGAGCCCUGCUGGCCGCCGCAGCCUACCUCCUGCACGAGCUGCUCGCUAUCAGGAAGGAGCAGGAGCUGGACUCUAAAGACGCCAUUAUCCUCCAUCAGUUCUCCAGACCAAAGAAUGGCGUUCCUAGCCUCUCGCCCUUCUGCCUGAAAAUAGAGACAUACCUGCGCAUGGCGGAUCUGCCUUAUCAGAACUACUUCGACGGGAGGCUGUCACCACAGGGAAAGAUGCCGUGGAUCGAGUACAACCACCAGCAGGUGUCCGGCUCCGAGUUCAUAGUGGAUUUUCUGGAGGAGAAGCUGGGGGUCAACCUGAACAAGAACCUAACCCCCCAGGAGAGAGCCGUGUCCAGAGCCGUCACGAAAAUGGUGGAGGAGCAUUUGUACUGGACAAUAGCCUACUGCCAGUGGGUGGACAACCUGGAGGAGACCCAGAAGCUGCUGUCCAUGAGCGGGCCUCUGAGCGACACACUGAAGUGGCUGCUGAGCCACCUGAACUGCAGCAUGGUGCGCAGAGAGAUGUAUGGCCACGGCAUUGGACGCUUCUCCAAGGAGGAGGUCUACAGGCUUAUGGAGAAGGACCUGAGGACACUGGCCACACUGCUGGGGGACAAGAAAUAUUUUAUGGGCUCCAAGAUUUCCACAUUGGAUGCUACGGUGUUUGGACAUCUGGCUCAGGCCAUGUGGACCCUGCCUGGGACCCCACCGGAGCAACUCAUCAAAGGAGAGCUGAUCAAUCUGGCCAUGUUCUGUGAGCGGAUGCGGAGGAGGUUCUGGCCCGAGUGGUUCGUGGAGGUGGAGGACAUGUACUACGAUGGAGAAAGCGAGAGCAGCAGCAGCACUCCCGCUGGUCUGCUGGACUUCGGCCUCUUCUCCAGGACUGACACGCUGGACGACAGUGAUGGCAGCAGCCACUCAGGGGGACACUCGCACACAGCCACCCCUGACUCCGACCAUUCCCUCUUUGACUCAGACAUGGGCACAGGGUCUGAAAAUGACAUUCCGCUAAAAGAGGAGUCUAUGCCGGAUCUGGAGGUUUGACUGAACAACAGGAGGGUCAACAGUCUUCUGUGUAGUUCCACAGAAUCUGGGUGGAAAAUCAUCUGGAGAAACUAUUGCAGCGUCUUCACCCGGCACUUUGCAAGUCCCUGGGUUUUUGUAUGCAGAGGAUGCAAACAGAACCUCAUCCUGCUGCACAUGCUGCUGUGUGGCUUGUCCCCUCCUGUACCGUCAGAACUGCCCCCGGCGCAGUUCCUCUUUGCCUUAUUUGUCCCGUCUUCAGAUCAGAAGUAGCUGUGGAAGGUGAACGCAAAGUAAAUGUCUGAUCUUGUGAGGAAAACGUAUCGAAGAAGAGAGAGUGUUGCAGGGAAAACAGGUGGCACUUCGCUUGUGAUGAAAUGAUGCAACUAAUCGCCACUCUGCCAGUGUCACUGCAACGCAAACACCCGUUCAAACAGGUGGAGGUUGAUCACGUGGCAUAAAAGGAACAGCUGUCGUGUCUCUGCUGUUUACCAUCCGUGCGCUGAAUAGCAAACACAGACAACACUGAGCGCCAGAUCGUGUCUCACAUGGAUCGUCAUGUCAUUUCUUAAUGCUGCUUUUGUGGGAGGAAAUUGUAUCCUAAAUGGGAAACGUCUCCAUCAGACUUCAACAAAACUUCACACGCAGGGCCGUCGACUAGCGAUGAGGGAAAAUGAGCAGAUUUGUGCCUGUUUCAUUACAGCCAUUACUUUUGUUUCUUUCCUGCAAGUAACUUUGCUUGCACCAAAUCUAUUGAGAUUUAAUUAUACCAGCACCUUCUUCUGUUAUUGAGGUGUAGUUCUUUAUUUUUUACCACAAGGUAGUGUUGGCAAUCAUCUUGUUUUCUCCAUUCUGUCAAAAAUAUCUAUUCUUGCAGGAAGACCUGCAUAGUUUAGUAGUCAUGUGACCUGUCAUUAGGUAUGUUGGUGUCAUGUGAGCGUGCAUGCAUACUUGUGUACCCAAACUGAGCGCAGCAUUAAACCAGCCUUAGUGCUCAGAUUUUUAUUUUUUUCUUAAAGUGGUAAAACCACCCUACAGUGAUUUUUGUUGUAAUAUGAUUUAUUAGUGCCAUGUAUUUAUUAAUUUGACUUUCUGUGUCAAAUAUGUUUCUUUGUUCAUAUUUGUUUUCUAAUUGCUCUCAAAGAGAGAAUAUGUUUUGCACUAGUGGAAAUUUAUUUUCACCUUUUUUCAGGGUGAGGAGUCUGCUGUGGAGCCACAGAACAGGCCAAAUGAGAGACGACUACAGAUGUACAGCAGGACAUGAAGUGUAUUCUUAAAGAUAAAGCCUGUGAGAGCACUGCGCAGCUUACAUGGAUGGUUAGUUGAAUGUUAUGGGUUGGAAUGCUCGUCAUGGUGGCAGGCGAUACAAAGGUCUUUGCAGACUGAGUCGGGGAUGCGUGUAAAAUUCUUGAGUCGAAACACAAACUGUCCCAUUUUGCUAGUGGUGCUCAGAAUGGAAAUGUGAUGGUUGGAACAAAUAUAGUACAUGCAAGAUAAAUAAAAUGUACAGAAUUUUCAGGGGCAGGUCAUGCUUAUUCCCAAUAUCUAAUUACUUAAUUUAUUCAUUUUGGAGCACUGAAAAACAAAACAUUGGAUUAGAUGAUUCUCAGUGCUAGAAUGAUGUGAGUGUCACAUGCAAAAAAGGAGCUAAAAAGUUGGACAAACUCUGGAUUUGAGUUUCCUUUUCCAAACAUAAUGCAUUUUUAUCCUUUUGUGCAUCCUUAGAGAUCACACUUUUAAUUUUAUUUGGUAUAUUUUACCUGGAUUAAGAUUAGCAAAUAAAAGAAGGAUCUAUAAAUCAACUAACAGCCCUUUUUUUUUUGCUUAUACCAACCUUUUCACCAAUUUUUAUGAAAAGCAACCCUAAGCAGUGUUAAAAAUACUAAAAUUUAAUAAACAGUUGCCACAGUUGAGCAGUUGCAGCAUAUUUUGGCCUCUUUUCUUGUAGUUUGUUUUCUUUUUAUACAGAUAUUUGCUGAGAAAGCCGGUCUGUUCACAAAUAAUUAAAGUAGUACAGACCAGUUUAGCAAUGAUUUGAGGAACUGAAUUACAGUAAAACCACAACAUUUCUUCCAGGAGAAGCUAUAUUCAUGAUUAAGUUUAAACAGAGGCCGAAUGUUGUUUACAGCAGCAACAUGUGCUGGUGGUGUAAUUUUUCCUUAUACUGCUUGGGUAACUGCAGUUUUCAACAUAACAAAAUUAUAAACAAGGAAACCAAAAGUCAAAUCCAUUUUUGAUGUACUUAGAUGACCAAAAACGAAGCGUCUGCUGAGAUGGAACUUUAGUUUUUUAUGUUGGCGCAUUUCAAAGACGCUGAAUGAAGCCCGAGUACAUGAGUCUGGUUUGGAUCCAGCAGUAACAGCUAUAACAGAACAUGUUCUUCCGUGUGUUUUGCGAUCUCACGCUGGUCCAACCCGCCGCAACCUGACUGACUUGCUUGUCAGUCAUCGUAUCUAGAAGCACCACAGCUAGACUGCUUUAAAAAAAAGCCAUAGUAUAAUGAGAUGUUUCUGGAACUUUGCAAAUAGUGGGGUGUAAAUAUACAGACUGACAGACCCGAAUAUAUGAAGUUUAAAAAGUGGAGUGACUUGAAAGUUUCAAUAAAGAACAUCAUUGACAGUUUUGAACAA